GUUGACGAAUACAUGACGUGGAAUGUUUAUCGUGUCCGGUCUGGAGCCGCUUCUGAAGGCUUUUAAGCACUGAAUUUAGCCUCAGAUGCGGUGAAGUCAAACCUUGUGGUUGUCGUUUUGUGUCUAAACGGAGACGUUGGUCUGUCGGACACACACGACAAACGCUGAAGACGGAAAUAAAGACACUUCCACGGGCAUGCCGGGACGGACGGCUAGCUAACCGAGCUAGCUAACAGGCUAGUGAGCUUCUAGUCAUGUUCACGACACUGGGGACGUAACGGAUCGAGUUUGAAGCUAAAAUGGAAGAAAAAUACAGCAGCAACGUCCUGUCAGGAGGAAAACUGGGCAUGGUGGAAGUGCCCGACUCCAGAUUAACCAGAUACAUUGUUUUACUGGUCGUCUCCAAGGUCCUCAAGGCUCUGGGGAUCUUUGAGUCGUAUGACAUCCUCAAAGUGGUUCACAUUGUCCAGUUUAUCUUCAUUCUCAAACUAGGGAGCGCUGUUAUUCUGCUGUUCUUUCAAAAACCUUUCUCCUCGGGAAAAACCAUCUCUAAAAGACAGUGGAUAAAGUUACUGAAACAUGCGGUUUUCAGCUGCAUCAUAUCCCUGCUGGGGUUCUUCGGUUUAACUCUGUGUGGACCUUUAAGGACGCUGCUGCUCUUUGAACACAGUGACGUGGUGGUCAUCGCUCUCCUCGGCGUCCUCUUCACCAGCUCUGGGGGGGGGCCGUCUAAGACCAGAGGUGCUGCUUUCUUCAUCAUCGCCGUCAUCUGCCUCCUCCUCUUCGACAACGACGACCUCAUGGCCAAGAUGGCCGAGCACCCUGAGGGUCACCACGACAGCGCUCUCACUCACUUCCUCUACACGGCCAUCGCCUUUUUAGGCGUCGCCGAUCACAAAGGUGGCGUGGUGCUGCUGGUGGUGUCCCUCUGUCUGAAGGUGGCCUUCCACACUGCCUCCAGGAAACUGUCGGUGGAAAUAGGCGGAGCCAAGCGUCUGUACGCUCUGGACAACCUGGUGUCUGCCGCCGUGCUGCUGCCCUGGGUCAUUGUUCUCUCCGCCUCCACAGACAGUAAAGUUGAGUCGUGGUCGUCCCUCAUCCUGCCGUUCGGGAUGAUCAUCUUCUCCGUCAUGAUCCUGGAGUUUUACGUGGAGGCCGUCUGCAGCGCCAAGAUGGAGACGCCGCGGUGCGCCCGGUACGGCGCCAUCGCCCUCUUCCUCAGCGCUCUGAUGCUGGCCAACUUCUGGACUCACCCGCUGACGGAUCAGCUGCGCUCCAUGAGCAAACCGCCGCAGCAGGUCAGCACUGAGCACGUGCUGUCCGGAGGAGUCCUGGUCAGCGCCACCUUCUUCAUCAUGUCGUCCAGUAUCCUGUCGUCUCCGUCUAAGCGGGGGCAGAAGGGCACCCUGGUGGGUUACUCUCCUGAAGGGACGCCGCUGUACAACUUCAUGGGCGACGCUCUGCAGCACACGUCGCAGUCUCUGCCUCGCUUCAUCAAAGAUUCCCUCAAACAGAUUCUGGAGGAGUACGACUCCAGACAGAUCUUCUACUUCCUCUGCCUCAACCUGGCGUUUACGUUCGUGGAGCUGUUCUACGGCGUCUGGACCAACAGUCUGGGUCUGAUCUCCGACGGCUUCCACAUGCUCUUCGACUGCUCGGCUCUGGUUCUGGGCCUGUUCGCCGCCCUCAUGACCCGCUGGAAGGCCACCAGGAUCUUCUCCUACGGGUACGGUCGUGUGGAGAUCCUCUCUGGGUUCAUUAACGGCCUCUUCCUCAUGGUCAUCGCCUUCUUUGUGUUUGUGGAGUCCAUCACUCGUCUGUUGGAUCCUCCAAAUAUCAACACAGACAUGCUGACUCCGGUGUCCGUCGGAGGUUUACUGGUCAACCUGGUGGGAAUCUGCGCCUUCAGCCACGCCCACUCCCACGGAGGCAAAAGCUGCUCGUCACACGACCACGGCCACUCGCACCACGGCCACUCCCACAGCGAGCACAGCCACGGAGGCCACGGCCACUCCCACGGAGGACAUGGGCAUGGACACUCUGGACAUGGACACUCCCACGGCGGCGGUGGAGGAGGAGGCGGCAGUGGGGGCGGGGGCAUGAACGCCAACAUGAGAGGGGUUUUCCUUCACGUCCUGGCCGACACCCUGGGCAGCGUGGGCGUCAUCAUCUCCACCAUCCUCAUCCGUCAGUUCGGCUGGUUGAUCGCAGACCCCAUCUGCUCGCUCUUCAUCGCCACGCUCAUUUUCCUCAGCGUCCUUCCUCUGCUGAAGGACGCCUGCGAAGUUCUCCUCCUGCGAACUCCACCGGAACAUGAGAAGGAGCUGAACAGCGCACUGGAGAAGAUUGAGAAGAUUGAGGGAGUCAUAUCAUACAGAGAUCCUCAUUUUUGGAGGCACUCGGCCAACGUGAUCGCAGGGACCAUCCACCUCCAGAUCAUGUCGGACGUGGUGGAGCAGAGGAUCAUCCAGCAGGUGACGGCCGUUUUAAAAGACGCGGGGGUGAAUAACCUGUCGGUCCAGGUGGAGAAGGAGGCGUAUUUCCAGCACAUGUCUGGACUCAGCACAGGGUUUCACGAAGUUUUGGCGAUGACGCAGCAGAUGGAGUCCAUGAAGUACCUGAACGACGGGACGUGCAUCAUGUAACGUCCACGUGUGGGACCAAAUAGAACUUUAUGGAUGGACUCGGUUUCUUUUACAUUGAAAUGUACAGUGUAUGAAUGUGCUUUGAAUAAAUCUGAAUAUAUUGGUUUUAUCUUCAUGUUAA